AUGUCUGGAGGAAAUAAUACCACUAAAAAACAACUUAAUGAAAAAAUUAACGAAUUAAUGACUAUGAUUCAAGAAAUGAAAGAAAACCAUUUUAAUGAAAUUAGUCUUUAUCGAGAAACUUUUGAAACACAAAAACAAGAAAUGAAAGAAAACCAUGCUAUUCAAAUCAGUCUUUACCAAAAACUAAUUGAUAAAAAUGAAAAAGAAGUUGAAAAUUUGAUGACUAUAAUUGAAAACAACAAAAAAGAAAUUGAACGAAUCGAUGAAAUGAGAAGAAAAUAUGAAUUUGAAUAUAGUGAAAGAUUGGAAGAAAAAGAUAGAAGAGAAAAAACUUACAAACAAACUAUAAAACGAUUAGAACAAGAAAAUAAUUCUUUACGAACUCAACUUAAUAAAAAUGCUCUCCCAUAUGAAUAA